CGACAGCUAGAGGGGCUGCCUUCGAGCGGUCAUUAUAAGUGAAGGCGGGUGGUGCACCUUGUCGGUUCAGGGUGGUGAUAUAGUGCUUCUUGGAAAUUGUGGAUGAAUUGAACAGAGCGUGUGCCAGUACUAAUCAAGGAAUUGUGAGGGAAAGGUACUGGUCUGCGGGCGGUGCCGCCGACUUCAACUGACGUCGGCGUUUGACGGGACAGACUUGAUUUUGACAUAAUCAACAUGAGCUUCAUGCAGCAGCAGGCCCGCCCAGGGCGCAGCUCUGCCGGGUACCAGCAGCCGCCGGAGCUGUCCGGCAGCGAGCACGUCAAGAUGUGGCAGCAGGGCGGCUACAUGGGCACCGGCGCCGACUCGGGCAUCAACUCGGGUGCCACCACCCAGGCGCCGUCGCUCUCCGGCAAGGAGGACGACAUGGAGACCGGCGCCGGCAUGUACGACCCCAACUACGCCGGCUACAGCCAGGCUCAGGUCGAUGAGAUGAACCAGGCGCUGAGCCAGACGCGCUCGCAGCGCGUGCGCGCCGCCAUGUUCCCGGAGACGCUGGACGAAGGCCUCGAGAUCCCGAGCACGCAGUUCGAGCGCGGCCAGCCGACGGCCGUGCAGCGGCUGGCCGAGCCCUCGCAGAUGCUCCGCCACGCCGUCGUCAACCUCAUCAAUUACCAGGACGACGCCGAUCUGGCCACCCGCGCCAUCCCCGAGCUCAUCAAGCUGCUGAACGACGAGGACCAGGUGGUGGUGUCGCAGGCGGCCAUGAUGGUGCAUCAGCUGAGCAAGAAGGAGGCCUCGCGUCACGCCAUCAUGAACUCGCCGCAGGGCUUCAACCAGAUGGUGGCGGCCCUGGUGCGCGCGCUCACCAACAGCAAUGACCUGGAGAUGACGCGCGUGACGGUGGGCACGCUGCACAACCUGUCGCACCACCGGCAGGGCCUGCUGGCCAUCUUCAAGUCAGGCGGCGUGCCGGCGCUGGUCAAGCUGCUCAGCUCGCCCGUGGAGUCGGUGCUGUUCUACGCCAUCACGACGCUGCACAACCUGCUGCUGCACCAGGAGGGCUCCAAGACGGCUGUCCGGUUGGCCGGCGGCCUGCAGAAGAUGGUGGCGCUCCUACAGCGUAACAACGUCAAGUUCCUGGCCAUCGUCACUGACUGCCUGCAGAUCCUGGCCUACGGCAACCAGGAGAGCAAGCUCAUCAUCCUGGCGUCGCAGGGGCCCGUGGAGCUGGUGCGCAUCAUGAGGAGCUACACCUACGAGAAGCUGCUUUGGACGACCUCGCGCGUUCUCAAGGUGCUGUCGGUGUGCUCGUCCAACAAGCCGGCCGUGGUGGACGCCGGCGGCGUGCAGGCGCUGGCCAUGCACCUGGGCCACCAGUCGCAGCGGCUCGUGCAGAACUGCCUCUGGACGCUGCGCAACCUCUCCGACGCCGCCACCAAAGUGGACGGCAUCGAGGGCAUGGUGAGCUCGCUGGUGCAGCUGCUGGGCUCCUGCGACGUCAACGUCGUCACCUGCGCCGCCGGCAUCCUCAGCAACCUCACCUGCAACAACCAGAGGAACAAGGUGGUCGUGUGCCAGGUGGGCGGCAUCGAUGCCCUCAUCAGCACCAUCUACAGUGCCGACGACCGCGAGGAGAUCACCGAGCCGGCCGUGUGCGCGCUGCGUCACCUGACCUCCCGCCAUCCGGAGGCCGACAUGGCGCAGAACGCCGUCCGGCUCAACAACGGCCUGCCGGUCAUCUGCAAGCUGCUGCACCCGCCCAGCCGGUGGCCGCUCAUCAAGGCCGUCAUCGGUCUGAUCCGCAACCUGGCGCUGAGUCCGGCCAACCACGGCCCGCUGCGCGAGCAGGGCACUAUCGGCCGGCUGGUGCAGCUGCUGGUGCGCGCCUUCCAGGACUCGCAGCGCGGCGCGGCCGGCAGCGGCGCCGCCGGCGGCUCCUACACCGACGGCGUGCGCAUGGAGGAGAUCGUCGAGGGCACAGUCGGCGCGCUGCAUAUCCUGGCGCGCGAGGCGCACAACCGCGCCGAGCUGCGCUCCCAGUCCGUCAUCCCCAUCUUUGUUCAGCUGCUGUUCAACGAGUUUGACAACAUCCAGCGCGUGGCGGCCGGCGUGCUGUGCGAGCUGGCCGCCGACAAGGAGGGCGCCGAGAUGAUCGAGCGUGAGGGCGCCACCGCGCCGCUCACCGACCUGCUGCACUCGCGCAACGAGGGCGUCGCGACGUACGCGGCCGCCGUGCUGUUCCGCAUGUCGGAGGACAAGCCGCACGACUACAAGAAGCGGCUCUCCAUGGAGCUGACCAACUCGCUGAUCCGCGACGACGGCGGCAUGUGGAACGGCGGCGACAUGGGCAUGCCGCCCGACCUGCAGGACAUGCUGGCGCAGGAGCAGGGCUACGAGGGCCUCUACAGCCAGGGCCCACCCAGCGUGCACUCCGGCCACGGCGCCUACGGCCAGGGCUACGACCCGGUGCCGGUGGCUUCGAUGGAGGGACUCGAGCUGGGCUCGGCCGGCCCCGGCAGCAACUACGGCCCGCUGGACGCCAUGGACGUGGGGCCGCCCGGCUCCGUGCCGCCCGACCUGGGCUUCGACGGCAUGGGCGACCUGCCGCCGCAGCCGCCGCGCGAAAACAACCAGAUGGCCGCGUGGUACGACACGGACCUGUAGAGCCGGCCCGCCGCGUUCGCCCCCCCCCCCCCCCCUCCCCAUACGUACGUGUCACUGUGCAGAACUCUGCCCUGUCCCGGCCGUGGCCGCGGCCCUUCCUCCCCUCCCCGCUCCGCCCUGCGCGCAGACUGUGGUGUUGUGUAAAGUGUGAGUAGCGCCCGCGCGCCUCGGUCUGUCCGGAGUGCGUGACACCUCCGCCGGGCCUGCCCUCCGCUUCGCUGGACGAUGGUCCAGAGAGAGGGGGAUGCGCGUUGGUGGUGUGCCAGUGCGCGCUACUUUGUCUACGUGCUUUGAGCUUUCGCUGCGACUUGAUUUUAGCUGUUGUACCAUAGACGAGGGAGAAGCGGUGACACGAUCGGCCGGCUUAGCCUAGAAGGGGAUUUUGGGCCCGCGAAUGCAAUUACUGUCACCCAGUCGAGGUCGUCGAAUCAGUUUUGUUGUGCAGAUCUCGCCGAAUGUGAAAUAUGCUGGAGCUGGAUACCAGUGAAACGUCGCUGUUCACCGGCUUUAUAUGUGAAACGAUUUCAACCAUUGGCAGUGUAUGUUCGAUCAUUUUAGUUCCUUCCGCCAGUGGACAUAUUUAGGAAUUGGUGCACCAACCACGUUUCUGCUGCAGCCAUUUGCGUUGUGCAUGUGCUUUGAGGCUAUGACCGCCGCCCUGUCGACCUGGUGUCACGCUUUCGGGGUCGAUCACCGCUCCAAUAAACUUUUAUAAAGAACA